UACGUACUUACUGUCUUGGAGUAAAACAUAAAUUACUAAUUAGUAAUUUAAAAUUUUAAAUUACAAUACGAUUGCGUGUUGAGUAAACUGUACAGUAAGUUUCCGUUUUUUGCCCCAAAUUUUCUUUGCAAGCUUUUUGUGAUUUAUUUAAUAUAAAGUAAUAAAGUAAAAUACAAUUAGGUAGUACAAUAAGCAAUCAAAAUAAUGAUAUCCUACAUCCCGCCGACUCGAGACCGUAAACAACUACCGUGAUUGACUUGGGCUGAUGAAGCUUUUUAAUUUAUGAUUCGCUUUGGAGAACCUGAAUUUCAACAGCCAAGUUUAUAACGUCUGUGAGGUGAGGGGAGGAUAUCCAAAGAGUAUGUAAUCACUACUAACAAUGGAAGAACUUAAAGAGAUAGUGGAUAGUACUGAAAAAAACCAACUACACGAAAAUUCAGACCAUUGGGUGGAUAUCACCUAUUUAGUCAACCCGCAUUUGUUUUACACACGCCUAACUAAAAAUAGGGCUGCUGUACAAAAAAUUCAAGCAAUAAAGCCUGUAUUAAAAUGUUGUAGUGUGGAUGUGCAUGAUAUAGUACUUUUUAAUUUGGAGAGAGAUUCAGAGAAUCCAAAAUAUGCUAGAGGUGAAGUUAUUGAUGUGGACCAAGCUGGAGAUACCAUAAAAUGUACCUUACUCGCUAUAGACUAUGGAUUUCGUGAAAAGGAUGUACCUCUGGAUCAAAUUUGGAAGUGUGACAAGUUAUUAUCGGGUAUUCCUCCUCUAGCAUUCAAAUGUAAGCUCGCUAAUUGUGGUCCGAGGGAGGAAGAUUGGAAAAAGGAAGAAAUUGAUGCUUUCAAACUUUUUGCUGGAGAUGGGCUUGCCAAAAUAGUAGUAGUAAAGAAAACUGUGGACUUUCUGGUGGUCACACUGUACAACAAUGGAGAACUGGAUGAUGUUGCAAGUGUGCUUGUAUUGACAAGUUUCACUGGAAUGGGGUACAUUCGCAGUGACUUAAAUCUGAUUGAGCCCAAAACAUCAAAAGUUCUAAAAACAGUCACACACUAUAAUUUCAAAAAAAUUAAAACUGGUGAUACACUUCAUGUCCGAGUACUAUCAGGUAAAUCACUCGCUGCUUUCUAUGUGGCAGAUGUAUUAGAUUACAGGAAGUACUUAGAUGAGUGUGACUUCCUUACACAACUAUCAAAACAGGAAGCUCCAAUUGAUGAAACCUGUGUUAAAUGCGGUGCUGUAGUUUGUGUCAAUGACUACAAUGACAAAAAAUAUAAACGGGGCGUAAUAAAGAAAGUAUAUAGUCAAAAUGAUACAGCUCUGGUGCAACUGGUUGAUUUGGGCAAAGAACAAGUUUUCAGUUUUGGGAAUCUGCGACAGGUGCCUCAGCGGUAUGUAUCAAUGCCAGUGGUUGGCAUCUUUUGCUCCGUGGAGGACAACCAACCCAGGAACAAUGUUCACAUAUUACUACAUCCAGGACGGGAGCUUCUUAUUACGAUUAUAAAAUUGGGACACCAGUUUGAAUCACCCAACGUAAUCAAGAUUGACAGAUUUGUCCUUUAAGGGACAUAUUAAAAUAUUCAUUCGCUCUUUUACUCUCUUCCCACUGUAUGUACAAACUUUUUUUUCUUCUAUUAAACCUAAUAUUAUCAAUAAUUAUUAUUAAUAUUUAAUUAUAUUAUCGUUAUUAUUAAAUUAUUCAUUAUCAAUUAGCAUUAUCACUUAUUAUUAUUUUUUAUUUUUGAUUUCAUUAUACAUUAUCAUAGAUAUAUUAUUAUUAUUAUUUUUGAUUUUUAAAUCUAGCAAAAUGAAUCCAUGCUAUGGAUUUAAGGGGCAACAGAACCCAAGAACAAAAUGAUUCAUGAUGCAUGCAAUGGAAUAAAAAGUAAAUUAAACUGAAUAAAAAUACCACAAGAGAGA